UCUGGGACAAGGGUACACCACCGAGGUCAGCUCACCGGCAUAGGACGGAUGGAAACUAAGAGCCAGACACACUCUUUCGUACUACAAAUUCUUCUCGGCUACACCCUAGUAGCAACGGCUAUAGAAUGCAACGACUGCAUACCGAGAGUUAGUGAAGGACCUGGUCAUUUAUGUGCUACCGAUAUCGUAAGCAACGAGACAUCUCUUUCGCUUACGUUUAACUUCCAACCGGAUGACUACGACAUCCUCUGUCUACUCUCGGAGGUUCGAGUCGCCACUGCAAUAGGCGGAGUCGAGUUUCGACAUGGAUGCCAAAUCUACUUUGACGACUCGACCUGGAAGAUAGACGUGCAGCAACAUUGUCAGUGCAGGUUCAUGUGCAUUGCACAUGAACGUGCAGGUAGAUCUUGGAAAGGCGAGCCAAUAGCUCGGCGUCAACUUAUCGACACUACGAAUGCUCUAGACGUCGUUAACAUUCGACGACGGAUUGUUUACCAGACCGAAAGUGAAGACAAAUACAAAUACGAAACGUUCUGCGGACUGUCGGGCUACGGUAUGGCUCUGAUACCUCGUCAGGAGACAAACGGUGCCAGUGAUAUAUCUGGCAGCCUGAACGGCUACUGUCAGUUAUCAGUUGACGAGGAAUGGUGGAGGGGAGCUGCGUGGGCGAGAAGUGAAAGCUCGCAAUGUCGCGAUAGUAAUUGGGAUUGUCACUCAUUUUGUAGCGUCAACUGCGCCUACGUUAGGUAUGCUGAGGAUAAGAACAUGAACGGUGACUACGGACUUAUGAUCACCCACUCGUUAUACGAAUCGGACUAUCUGAUUAAGUACUCCAAUUCUCCAUUUGGAUGCAGUCUAGCUUACGUCAACAUCCAACCGGAUCUAAGUAAAAAGGAUUUUGGCUGUACAUUAUUGGUAGUCGAUAAAUCUAUUGGUAGUGGAACAACUGAAUGGUGGUGGAAAAUUGAAAUCAAUGGCUCCAAUGGUACGGUGCGGUGUGGAGCUGUGUGCACGUGCGAAACCGGCUCGGAUUACAAUUGGGAUUGCAUAGUACCAGAGGAUAACGGAGAAAAGUCAACCAAAAACCUGGAGCACAAAGACGUGGAGCAACCGCCGCGUCAUCUUCUGCUUUUUGGUGCGUUCUCGGUCAUUGUGGUUUGGAUAAUUAAAGUGUUACUCACAGGACGGAAUGUAGCGUGACAGAGUGACCUGAAUUUUUAAAUUUGCAAUCGUUUGCUGCUCCAGUUGUUUCGAAUGUCAGAAUUUGAUGUUUUCAGCUCUAUAGUUUACUGUGGUAUACCAGCAUUUGUCAUUGCUUUGAAGACUAAUAUUGUAAUAAAACAAAACAGGACACA